AUGGGGGCGAUGACACGUAGAUGGACUACUGGUGAGCGAUGGGAAAAGGCAGAGGCGGGACAUGUCAAGGCAAGUGCUAUUGGUGCUCCAGACAAACGCUUGUGUUGUGGUGGUGCGAUCAUGCAUGAUCACCAUGGCAAGGAUAUAGACGUUCAUAGGCUUGUUCUGGAGAUGGGUUGCAUCAUACAGUCCCUGACAUAUUUGAAGAGGGACGGGUUCACACAUGGUUUUCUCAUUGAAGAGGUGAAGACUAUGCUACGGCCUCUAGAUGAUCACAAGAGCGCUAGAGAUUGGUACCUGCUUCAGCGAGAACAUUAUGACAGUGUGACAAGAGAGUUAAAAAACUACAGCCGUGAGGUUGUGUGGACUGAAAGGCUAGCUAAGCUGCUUAAUGUGGUAUACGUGCUGGGUACGCCUUUUAUCGUUGGCCCUUUGGUCUUAAAAGGGAUUGCCAUUCGGAGAAUGUGCCCUUUGUUCAGGGCCCUGGUUUAUGUACACUGGACUGCUAUGUGCAGCGCCAACUUUGCUAUGUGCAGAGCUAAGCUAUUAGCGAAAUCAUAUGGCUUAAGAUUAUAA